AUGGUGUCUUCUUCUCAAUUGCUAACCAACGGCGAAGCUACUAUCUCGAUUCCAGCAACUGAAACUGGUGUGGCUGUUUUAGAUCCAGUGAUGGCUUUAUCUGAAAGUCACAAUCCGGCUACCACAUUAAAUCCAGCUAUGGUUUCUGAUUCUGCAGCUGUAAUUUUUGAGACGAAACCAUUGACCCCCUUUGUUCCGUCACUAGGAGCGUGGGUAAAGCCCUUAAAAAUUAAUCCAGAGCUGAAGGACCCAAUUCCUCAAAUUCCUCCUUCAUCUGAAACCCCAAUUUCCAAGAGUCAUGUUCGACCAUCUGAUAUUCUUCCUCCAGAAGUAAAAGAAGAUGGCAACCUGCAAUUUCCUUGGGCAGCAAAGAUGGAUCCCAAAAAUGUGCAAUCUCCACCGUACCACUUCGCCAACUUACUUGGAGGAUGGCACACCAAUGGUUGUGAUUCCAGACCAUGUCUUGAUGCAGGGAUUGGAAAAUCAAGAAGAGUAUAUAAUAGGACAGUUUUAUCGCUGCUCUUUGCCAUCAGAAGGUCUCAUCCAUGCUGUCACCAAUCGGAUUUGGGCCUAUUAUAUUCUGACUGGGGAAUUAGUUGGAUAGCAUCAGGUUUAGGGGAACCUAUGCUCACCAAUAAACCAAGGUUAGAUCCAACUCAAAUGGGUGAGGCUAAACUAAUAGUGGAAGUAGAGUUAGAUAUAGCUUUUCCGCAAAGAAUUGCAGCUGGAGACCAAAAAGGCAAUGUGUCAAUGGUGUCUGUUGAGUACUCUUGGAUUCCUUUUAAGUGUGAAAGAUGUGGGCAUUUGGGCCAUAAGAAAUCGAGAUGUCUGCUCCUUCAUGAGACUAAAGCUAACACUUUCGACUUUGUGGAUUCUAGAGCGACCGCUGAUAUAGCUUCUGAAGUUGUUAAUACUACAACUCUGGACGUUCCUUUUGUUGCUCCUAUGGAAGCAGCCAAUGAAGUUUUAAGUGAUGUUGUUGCUGCACAUGCUGCAGUUUUAUCUACUUCAGCCUUAUCAUGUGAAGAGGCGGAACAGGUGGCUACUCAUGUUGCUAAUCCAAUUGAUCUUGAUUAUAUCAAUACUUUAGAAAAUGCCAACGCUACUCUGUUAUUUGGUUCUCCUCCUGAUUUGGUAACCUUCUCAACUCCCCCUCUCUCAGAUUCAUUUGCUAAUGAAGUUGUGCAAGAGAAUGUUUUUGGAAGCAAUUCUGCCUUAGACUUUGGAGCUACAUGUUUUGAGAUGGGUGACACCUCUCAAAGGACAAAUAGAGGAAGACCAAUAAAACCUACCCAAAAAAAUUAA